UUUCACUAGGAGGAGAAUAUAAAUGCAGGAAGGUUUAGUCAGCAAACCAGACUGCUCAAAUAUCAACCACAUCAAGUAUAGCUGCAGAUUAUUGUCGUGUACUGGACAGCAACUUUUUUCCAAAAUGUUGAAUCUUAUUCUGGUUCUAACUGGAGUUUGUACAGUGGGCAUGGCCAUGCCUUUACCUGAUUUCUACUCUUACUCACUGGCUGCUGGGAGCGGCAGUGGGACUGCAUAUUCCACUGCACAUGCGGGUCACAUCACUGGUAUCAGAAUCUGGGAAUACAGUAGCGCAUACAUUGGUGGAAUCCAGCUGAGUUAUGAUGGUAACUGGACAACACUGGUUUGUGCAAACUAUGGCACUCCGACGGAGAUGACACUUCUUGACAACGAAUCCAUCGUUCAGGUGUCUGGAAAGUAUGACAGUGGCUACAUCUAUGAGCUUAUGUUUGUCACUAGUCAAGGCCGAUCUUUCAAAGUGGGACAACCUUCUGGAAUCUCAUUUAACUUCUACCCGACCCAUGAUGGAAGUGAGCUACGUUUUCUCAGUGGUCAACAUAAUGGAUACGGAAUCACCUCCAUUGGGGCUCACUGGGCUGUCUACCACACCAGUGACAACAGUGUAACACCUUAAGAUCAUAUUAGUUCAGUUCAGUGCCCUUUACCUUCUUCCUGCCAGAAUUAAAUAAAUAUCUACAGAUUUAAAUUGAUUUUUUAUCUGUGUUUAUUUGAGUUUCAUCUUGUUCUCAUUUUUAUAGACAAGAUUCUCAUGAUUAUUACUUGAAUAAAGCCAAUGUUGUUUUGUUCAUUUUAGCCUAUCUGUGUUAGGUGGGUCUUCUAAACUACGCUCGUUUUCAGAUGCAGCUGGAUUUACAACAUUUUCAGCUACAUAACCAUUCUGUCUUUUUAUUUUUAAAUGUAUUUUUUUUUUUUAGCAUUUUCUUUAUUAUUUGAAUUGCCUUGUGUUUGUAUAUUUCUUCAACAACUGACAUUCACAUAUAUUAUCUUUUAUUUUUGUUAUAUGAAGAUCACAUUAAAAAAAUUUGACCUUG